AUGUAUAUGCAGUGCGGGCAGAGAGCGGAAACUGGAUCAGGAAUAGGGAAGAGCGUGAACGUUUACCUUGGCCCCAAUGGAGAGGUGGAGGAGUAUGCUGAUGUUUCCAUCCAGCCCAAUGCAGCUAUCAGCAGUGACCUGUUCCUGGACCAGGCAGAGGAGCACUUGUUUGUCAUGACCAGCUCGAGGCUGGAGAAGAGGCCCGUAGCAGAGUGUUACAGACACCUGGACUGCAACUCCUGCCUCUCUGCCCACGACCCUUACUGUGGCUGGUGCGUGCUGGAAGGGAGGUGCGGCCGCCGCUCUCAGUGUCCUCGGGCGGACAGGCCGGGCCAAUGGCUGUGGAGCUUCGACAUGGAGCAGCACUGCCUUGCCAUCCAGGGUCUGACCCCGUCCAACAUCAGCCGAGAGGAGAAGAGGAAAAUUUUCCUCAAAGUACCGGGUCUGCCAGACUUGGAAGGCCAGGAAUCAUAUUCCUGCUACUUCCAGGAAAACGAGAGUCCGGCCAGUGUCACUGGGAGUGGAGUCACCUGCUUCUCCCCGGACACCAGCACUGUGCCCCUCGGGCACCAGAGACAAGACUUUGUCACGGUCACCCUGUCCCUGCGCUAUCUCAAUGUCACCGUCGCCACGACGGAGUUCGUCUUCUACGACUGCGGUACCGUGAAGCACCUUUCCGGGACCAUGCCAUGCCGUGGGUGCGUGACCAGCCGCUGGGGCUGUAACUGGUGCGUCCACCAGCACUUGUGCACACACAAGACAGUGUGUGAGAAAGGAGUCAUCAUUUACAAUGAGCAGGUGAGUUCACCAGAUCCAUACAGCGACCUGCUGCCAACCAGCACACAUGCUGCCCUCCAAGGCCAGACAGGCAAAGGGAGGGUCCUGGCCGCUCUAACCAAAAAUUUGUAUCAUGGUAUUUUUUUUUUUUAAGAUUCUGAUGGUUUCACAGUAUAGCAUACUAUUCCCCCCCCCCUCCCCAAGUUCACCCUUACUGCAGUAGCAAGUGUUUACAUUAAUACAAAUACAUUUUUAAAAUGGGGUGUUUUAUGAAAUAUUGUAAAAUUGACAAUUAGCGUGAUGGUAUAACUGACGUUUCAUUACAUUAUGUAUAUUCAUGUUUUAUUGAUUAUAACCAUGUACGUCAAUAACUCUAAGAAUUGUUUUACUGACGUUUUAUUAGAUUAAAAGUGAAUAUUUAGCUAAAUAGGUACAUGUUAUUGAUUAUUACCAUACUUAGAUUGCCAACAAUGUAACUGGCAUGAAUUUAAUAAUUACCAUGAUACAUCGAUAAUAUUAGGAACAUUUAAUUGCAGCCCUAAUUAUAUUACACAUAAUCCAAAUUUUCAGACAGAUAGAAGCAGUAGCUACAAAUACUAUAAUGAUAAACAGUUUUAUAUGGAUAAUUAUUGUGCUAUAAAGUUAUAAUUGUUAAUAAGAAGGGGGUACACACAGUUAACAGGAGUCCCCUCUCAGUACGCGCAGCACAGCGAUCUAUAGCAGUUCUAUAGCACCAAACAAUAUUGUAUAAUUGCUGCCCAUUGAAGCAUUACAGCUGGUGUUUCAGCAAUGCCGCGGUAUAUGAAAAAAUCCAUACUGUGCAAAAUUAAAACUGGUAUUUUGGCUAAACUGGUAUAGUAAUGAGUGAUGGGGAGAGCUGGUCAGGUCCUCCAAACGACCCAUGAUCAAUGCACAGGUAAGUCAUUCAUGCAUCCAAAGCCCAUUUGGCCCACCUCCUGUUAUGUAUGCUUUGCAGCACCUCCAUUACCCAAUCAGUACCUAAUACCCCAUCUGCGCUAACAUCUGGCAGCUCGGGGCUCAGCGUGCAGCUCAUUUACAGCAGAACCCUCAGCAACUUUUG